AUGGGGUGUAUCAGAUAUAUUACAUUAAAGAUUUUCCUUCUAAUUUUUGUAGUCGACCUCAUCGUUCGAUUGGAAGGCUGUCGGAGGAAGGCUGAGGGAAGCAAGGUUGGCAAGGGUGUGUUGAUGGAGGUGAGAAUGAAAAUUAAGAAGGAAAACGGUGUCGAGGGCAAAAAUAUUGGAGUCGGUGUAAUGGAGUCAGUGGAGGCAGCAACCAGCUUUGAGGAAGAGAAGAUAAAUAUGGGAAAAAGGUAUGGCGGUAUUCGGGGAAUCCUCCUUAAUAGACGAAAUAUUCCUAUUAUGUCAAUGCCAACUGAAUCAAUCUUAUUAGCUGUGAAUUCGAACUUUUUGGUAUUUUCCGUUUCUUCGGAUGAUAUGAUGGGUCAAUCAUUUGCUUCAUUGGUUCCAACGGUGGCAGCUACGGAAUCUGCUAUUGGUGAGUUUGUGUUCGACCCAAUUAAAUGGCAGCGGAUGCAAAUGAACGAGGACUUACUUGACCUAUCAAAGAUGUUCAAUGCAGUUAAAUCGCUUGUUCGAGUGCCUUCUGUAGACCCCAAAUAUAAAAUUGCUCUUCUUGCUUCUAAGCAGGACCAUUGUCUUGUUGAUCUACUGCAUGCUUGGCAAGAUGGAAAACUUCCGGUUCAGAUAAGCUCUGUAAUCAGCAAUCAUGAUAGGGUGGGGAAUACCCAUGUGAUGCGGUUCCUUGAAAGACAUGAGAUUCCAUAUCAUUAUCUGUCCAAGUCAAAGGAGAAGAAUGUAGAAGAUGAGAUAUUGGGGUUGGUUGAAGAUACAAAUUUCUUGGUCCUUGCUAGAUACAUGCAGGUGUUGUCUGGAAACUUUUUGAAAAGAUAUGGGAAGGAUGUGAUCAACAUACAUCAUGGCUUAUUGCCAUCAUUCAAGGGAGGAAAUCCAUCUAGGCAGGCUUUUGAAGCUGGGGUCAAAUUGAUUGGUGCCACAACCCAUUUUGUCACGGAGGAGCUUGAUGGGGGCCCAAUCAUUGAGCAGAUGGUUGAGAGAGUCUCGCACAAGGAUAAUUUGCUGAGUUUUAUUCAGAAAUCUGAGAAUCUUGAAAAACAAUGCCUUAUGAAGGCAAUCAAGUCAUAUUGUGAGUUACGCGUUCUACCUUAACACAACAGGACUGUUGUAUUUUGAGUAAGCUCAAAAUGAUGCUGAUCAAAACUACAGAGUCCAUUAUAUUCCUUGUGUUGCAAAGUUUUUGUAUUUCAUUUUAAUUAUUCAUUCUAAUUUAAGUUGUUCUUGUUCCAAUCCAAUAAUAAGAUAAAUUAAGAGUCAUUGUGUGUUCAUAAUAAUAA